UAUAAGCAACUGCAUCACAAAAAUUCUCAACUAAGAAGACUACUACACUUUUCCAUCUUCAUGAGUAUAACAUUGCUCUCUUGGAAAGCAAAACAAAAACCCACCUCAUAACAGACUCCCAGAUUGAUAACCAUUCAGAUAUCCUUCUAUUUCCUACCUUGAGAGACAUUUUCCUAUCUUUUUCUUGCCUGUGUCCAAUUAUUGAUACGGUGAGAUACAUAGUUGGACAGCAAUAUGACUUAUUCUCUACCUGCUUUCUCUGUUGUAAUCAAACCAUCCUUCAAGCACAGUAGUCAUAAACGGCUGCAAGUGAGAGCUCAGAGCUAUAGAGAUGAAGGGAGAUCAAGUAACAUAGUUGAUGCAAAUUUGAGGGUUCUAAAGGAGAGGAUAGAUGUGGUUAGAAUGAAGGAGAGAUUGGAGAGGUGUUGCAGACAUGAAUAUGGGUGGAAUUAUGCAUCUGGGAAUGAUUGCAAACUUCAAAAGGAUACCGAGUUUUCACAUCUCUUUGACCUUGUAGGUUUAGUUGGGGGUUUUGUCAGCCUCACCAUUUUCAGUGGUACAGUCGGCCUUUGCCUUGUUUCUCUAUUAGUUCAUUUGAAUCAAUGAACUACACUUAUUCAAAAUGUAAAAAUUU